GGGCCCCCUGAGUGGGGCAUGCGGGUGGGCAGGCUGGGGCUCCCGCGGCGGCCCUGGGUGCCGGCCGCCGCCUUACCCUCCGGGAAGAGAUGGCGUCUGGGAACCAGAAACCAGCGGCGAGCUCGGUCCCUCCUCCGGUUUCACUUUCUCUUUGUCCCCGCUCCCCCUCCCACGACGUUCCCUUUGAAGUCGGGGGGCCGGGGCGGGGCGUGUCCCGCGCAGGCCCCCGCCCCCGCCCAGGGAGCGAGCCCGCCGCCCCCAGGCACCGACACGGGCGGCGUCCCCCGCAGCCCCGCCGCCGCUCCCCGAGGUGGGCCUGGGUGCCGGGUCCGGCGACACUGCGCGCGGGCGGCCCCCGGCCUGGAGCGCGGGGCCCGGGACGCCAGAGCACUGGAGCUGAGGAUGGCUGUGGGUAGUGGUGGUGGGGCAAGCUCAGCCCCGCCUCUGGCACCGUGGUUGCCCAGCACCCGCUCCCAGCCUUCCCCUAGCCAGGAACGGGACACCUUCUGGACCCGGCAGAGCGUCUCCCACCUCCCUGAGCUGGGUUCCCAGACCACACACCCUCUCUUCUGCUUUGAGCUAUUGCUGCCUCAAGGAGCCAGGUGGGGAGAGGGCUUGGUCCCCAGGGCCCCAAUUCCAGCCAUCUCCUGCUUGCUUCCAGCCUCCCCCAAAACUGGCCCCCUUGCUGACUGCUACCCAUGUCCAGCUGGAGGCCCUGGCCAUGGGGAGGGACAAGGUCGGAGGGAUUAAGGGUUGGAGUGACAGAGGAUCCCCCUCUGCCCACUCCCGUCCUGGCACAGACUGAGACUCAGAUCCCAGACCUGCUGCCGAUCGGCCAGUGGUCUCGGCAAGCCGCUCACCCCUCAGCGUGCCGGUCUCUUCCUCCUGCAGAGAGGAGGUGCUGCCCACCUCAUGGGGCCCACCCCCCAGAGGGCCGGCGUGGGGCUGACCCGGCACUUGCCUGCGACAGCGGUGCCUCGCGGGGGCGGGUGGGUGUGGGGAGGGCCCGCUCGCCCAGGUGGCAGUGCGGGAUCUCACACAGGCCCCCUCGGCAACACGGGGCCUCUGGGAGGGCAGGUACCUCCUCCUCUACAGUGACAAGCCCUGUCCUCCUGACCACCCUCACUCCCAGCCCCUCCUCCCCACCCCUGCCUCUGCAGAGGAUGUUAGGGUCCCCAGUAUCCAAUCUCUGGCGACAGAAGGCCCAAGUGUUAGAGACUUAUGGCUUCCUGGGCUGCCACCACGGGGCUCUGCCCAUGGUGAGGUGAGCAGAAGAGGCCGCUGUGACCUUCCACCUGCCCUUGGAGGACACUGACUGCUCUCUGCUUCCCUGUCCCCCUGCAUAGAGGAGCUGGGCCACCGUGGUGCUGAGCCCGCUCUGCCUGUGCGGAUGGAGGGCGACCCCAGGCAUGGCGGAGCAUCCCUGGUGGAGGCUGACAGACUCAGUGAGGUUCACCUGGGCAUUCUUGGUCUUGUCACGGAACCCCCCUCUGUCCUGGGCACACUGGGACAGCUGGUCAUCCUUUCCUGGACCAACUCGGAGAACUUGCUACCCUGGCUCCUUGGACCACUUAGUAGCUUGUCUUUUCCACAAGAAAAAUAAACCUGUUUUUUUUAA